GGCUCAGUCAGAAGACCUUGUGACUCUUGAUCUUGGGGCUGUGUGUUUGAAUCCCACCUUCAUGAAGAGACUACUUAGAAAUAAAAUCUUUUAAAAAGGAAAGUCUUAUUUUAAAAAAAAGAAAGGUCUUAGUUAAAGAGUAUGUGAGACUCAAAUCCCAGCAGCAUCCAUAAAUAGUUUUAUUGAGACAUAGCCACACCCUCUAAUUUACAUACUGCCUAUGGCUGCUUCCAUGCUACAAUAGCGGUGUGAAGCAGAGGUAACAGAAUGCGUGGACUGCAAAGCCUACAGUAUUUAAUAUCUGGCUUUUAGAAAAAGUUAGCUGACCCUAAGGUGAGCAUUAGUACUGUCCCCAUUUUACAGAGGUGAGAUGCAAGUACAGAGAAGUAAGUGGUUUGUUCAAAGUCAUGUAUCAAAUAUGUGACACAAUCAGGAUUUGAACUCACAGAGUCUGGCUCCCGUGUUUCUGGACUCUUCUGUGGUACCACAAUACGGGGACAAUAGAACUUGCCAGUACAGAACUCCUAGUUUAAAAAAGAAAUCAACAGAAGGAACUCCCCACAAUGGAGCUUUUUUUUAAUUAUACUAUAUAGUCCAUUCAUCCUUUAUUUUUGUACGUAGGUCCCUGAGCAGCAAUUACCGAAUGAAAUGAAGAGCAUUUUGCACUCCUUACGCUAUGGAUAUAUUCCCGUCAAGAUUUCCACAGAUGAACGUUGGUAAUUCUCCUUUUAUUCAACAAAAUUCUUGCCUUCCAAGGAAACACCCCUGAGGUGCAGGGUUCCACAGGCUGGGACUACGGGCGGAUGACUGUUUUCCUGGUACAUGGAGGCAGGGGGUGGGGGGCAAGUGAGGAAGGAGGAAAUGUCAUGGACAGAGGGCAGGUUCUGGGUCCUCUGUAAUUGAAGUUUUAAUGUCUAUGUAGAACAGUUAGGAGCUUAAAAAAAAGAAAAACAAAAACAGAAUCUCAUCCAACAGUCUGGCCCAGAAUUGGCCAUGCUUUAUUCAAUUUAUACAUUUCAGAAGAUGAAAGGCUGUGUCGUCUGCCAGGAUUUUGUGUCCAGUCCCAGGGAAUCAUUGUGUUUCUAAUCUGAUGUUUGGGCCAUGACGCCAUCCCCUCUGCCUGACGGUCAAGAUCAGUUCCCUUUUUUGUGAAGUUGUUAAAAGGCCCUGGCCAUGGACUGGCUUCAAACAGCAUUUGGCUCUGUAGGGAACCCAGUACUGGGGGCAAAACUGUGACCCGAGAACACACAGAAAAUGUUCUCUCCUUUCCGGCUACAGAGUGAGAUUUUCAUGGAGGGGAGAGUGAGGAUUAUUAACGAAGUAUGUGAUUGUUGUACCAUCAGCCCCUGGAAUGUGGUCUUUCCAAGCUAAGAUAAUUUUUUGGAACUGCAGAAAUUGUUGGCCCUCGCUACAAAUGGGAGUUUGGAGUUGCUCUGAAAUCCAUCUUGAAAUAAUUGUGCUUGACUGGAACCAAAUCUUAUGAAGUCACCAAGGAUGAGAGUCUGUGCUAAGUCAGUGUUGCUGUCACACUGGCUCUUUCUGGCCUACGUGUUAAUGGUGUGCUGUAAGCUGAUGUCCGCCUCUAGCCAGCACCUCCGGGGACACGCAGGUCACCACCAGAUCAAGCAAGGGACCUGUGAGGUGGUCGCUGUCCACAGGUGCUGUAACAAGAACCGCAUAGAAGAGCGAUCACAAACAGUCAAGUGCUCCUGCUUCCCAGGGCAGGUUGCAGGUACAACUCGGGCUCAGCCUUCUUGUGUUGAAGCUUCCAUCGUGAUUCAGAAAUGGUGGUGUCACAUGAAUCCUUGCUUGGAAGGAGAGGACUGUAAAGUGCUGCCAGAUUACUCAGGUAACACGGUAGCGAAGAGAGGUGUGCUUACUCCUGGAGGAGUGACAGACAGGAUGCAGAGGUCUCUUAUUUGGAUGGCUGUCUUGGCGGGUUUGGGGGAAAUCGUCUCGGAUUUCUGCAAUAUCACAUUUGCAUAUGUGUGCUAUAAGGAGUAUCAUUUCCCUGACUGUCCCAGCCCUCUCCGCUUCAUGAAUUUAUCACAUUGAAUUAUGGCCAUGGGCUGCCAUGCAAUUCACACCCUAUCUGGAUCCCAGGCAACAUACCUCCGACAGACCCUGGAGGAACACGGCAGAGACUUCACAAUGGAUCUCCACUUGGCCUUCCACCUCUUUCAGCCUUCACAAAGGAACGUGGACAGGUUCACAGGGUCCUUAUUCUGUUCCUCUUUUGAACUUUUCCUUUAGCCCUUGCAUUAAAGUGGUUUGAAAGGCAUCUCAGUACCAAAACAUUUUGGCAGAACAUAUUUGCAGAUGUAGAUUAAUGAACUCUGAUUAACUGCUGAAGAAGAUUCCUUUUAUAAAUCUUGACAAAUAGACUUAUUGGGGUUAUUGUGUGUGUAUUUGUAUUUUUUGCUUUAGAAGAUUUAAAUUUUUGCAUUUUAGGUUCUGUUGUCAGGUUAGCAGAAAUAAAAUAACACGUUAACUUCUGGGCACCAUUUUCCUGAGUGCUAAGGAGGUAUAUCUCAACUCCCAUAUUUUAUAACCAAAGCUUGAUCAUGACAUAGUCACAAAGGAAAUAAAACCUGUUGGGAUUUUUAUAGCUUAGGUGUCGUCAUAAACGUAAAUCAUUUAAAUUAUAAAACCGUCUCUGUUUAGAUCAAGGGUGUUUUCUGAGAUCCAGUUCGUGUCAACUGUAUUAAACUAUUUUGUUAGAAGUCUUGAAAUGUUGAAUUUUUAGGCUGUAAAUGAUUUAUUCUUGGCUCUUCUCUCAUUUGUUAGUCAUUUUAUUUCUUUAAAUGUAAGUAAAAUCUGAGUCAUUUUUUUCUGGGUUUAAUGAUUUUUACAGAAGACAUGUGUCCACAUAUUCUCAGAUGCUGUCAUGCAGAAAUAUAUCACAGACGAAAAGUGACUGACCCAGAUUUUAAAUGCAUAAUGUCAUUAAAACACACACUACUGUAAUAUGGGAUUUUAUACAUUAAGAAAUGCCAAAAACAUCCUUUCUGCACUGUUAAUUAUCACUGUCCUUUCACAGUUGUGGGGGGUGGAAAUAUUACUGUAACAUUUAUAGCAGUAACAAUUAUAUCUACUUGAUUUUAGUCUUGCAAAAAGAAUGGAAAUGGGGGACAUCCAUUUGUGGGCUAACUUUGUUUGAAUUUGACGGGUUGCUUACCAGGAUUAUUAUUGUUUUACUAGUAAGUAAAAACAUUCAUUCUGCUGACGGCACCUAAGUUUUUGUGAUGAUUUUAUUGCCUUAAGACUUCAUGUUAAUAUCCCAGGCUUG